CCCCCCCCCCCCAGAAUCCCUCCUCAGAUUCGACAUUGCUUUCUUUUUGCACACUAAAGCUGGUAUCUAAAUAGUUUUUUCUCUCUGAGGAGGGGAAAAACAUGGAAGCGAAUGGAAUUCAUGAUUGCGCUGUUCUCUGCUGCUGUAGACGUGUUGGACACGUCGUGUGCGGAUAAGGGUCCAAUUCGGGAAACCUCAGCUGUCCUGCCACAGAGAGACAGAGUAAAAUCAAGCUGCCUUGGCAUAAUUAAGAGAUCUCCAUCCACCAGUGCAGCUGGACAGUGUACCGAGCAGUCCUGUGGUGAAGAUAUCAGCUGGAUGAGGCUUUGGGGUUUUCUAGCGGAGCUGCAGACCCUCAUUUCGCUGUCCUGAAUCACCAUCAUUUAAUUGCGGGUAUUUCACAGUGCUUUUGUUUCCAGGUGUUUUAUAGCUUCUAGCACCACACUUACAUGUGUUUACCACACGUGCAGCGGUACGUAUGCUCUCUGCUUAACUGUGUAUUCUGACUACUGUGGGUUCCUUACUGUAUUACUCGCUUAGUCUGCCUGCUGUUCACUGUGGUCACAGCAAACUCAUUGCUGAUUAUCCAAAAUAUCAAUGGUUAUGUUAAAUGUAUUAUUCACUUUAUCCUGGAGUGUUUUCUUUUUGUCUUUUUUAAUUUAAAUAAAACAGUAUGGUAGUUUUAGAAUUUUCUUUUCUACAACAUAUAAUCAUGACCUUUUUGUUUGGAGAUCCAGUUUCAUCUGUUUUGUCCCUUUAUAAAUAGAGCAGUCGUAGGAAAAUAAUUACAUAUAAUUCACAAAUUUUUUUUCUUAUUUAUUUUUUCGGUUGUUAAACCACAAGAAGAUAUAAUGAAACUCCUCAGGACCCCUGUUGCCUUUGUCUUGUACAGUCCAUACUAGGUUAGUGUGGUCUCUGUAUCUAACCUGAACAAACUUCUUAAUGCUUUUUUCAUAAAGCUCUGUGAUUGGCUAUCAUGGUCCUACAGCUGAAUCAGUCUGUCACAAGAGUCGGGGGCAAUCAUGUGGGAGUCAAACCACAGACAAAUUGCUGUAUAGACAUUUCAAAUGAAUGCUUACAGAAAGAUUUUUUUACGGUCGGAAACAGUCGGUUACGUCGAGUGUUCGAUGCUCUAUGUGGGUCGUAACCGAUCGGAACUGUGAUUUGUUAUUUAAAUUCUUAAUAUAUGAAUCAUCUUUGGAUUGAAGUCACGUUCAAGGGCCAUGCUGUGUAUGUAUUGAGAUGUAAAGCCUUUGAAUGUGAAUAAUUAUUGUAAACUAUUUUGAAACUGUUUUCUUAUUUUAUUAUAUAAAUUUUCUAUUUGGUCAGUGAUUUAAUCCUAUUUCUCAUAAUUUAAUGAACUUGUUUGUUUCCAAUGACUGCGACAGGUGAGAUUAUCGAUGGAUGAGUUGCCCACAUAAUGCUUAGUAAUACAGUAAUAAAACCAUGUAGGGUUUUUGGCAACUGUCUGCCUUUUCUUUGGUCUUUUUCUGUCCCUUCGUGCGUAUCAAACGGUAUACAUGAAUAAACCCAGAGAACAGCGAAGGAAGGCCUAGGAUGAAGACCGUGGUUAUAGACAGUUCUGAUUAUUCCUUAAUAGCUAAAACGCUAUUUAAAGCAUUUUAAAUGAAAUAGACUUGCUUGUAUGACACCAUUAAAAGCACAUGUUCUUAGUAUAUGAAGAAAUUAUGCGUGGACUUUUCUACUGCUCCGUGUACUAUACAUCAUGUGUUUGUGGAUAUAUGUCCAUUUUAGCGUUUGGUCUUGGUGUCUGAACAACGCCGAACCCCGGCAAAGGAGUGGCGUUUCUUGGGGGAGGUAACGAAGUUAGGCUGCAUGAGCGGCGGAACUCUUCCUGCCCGGCCAGCACAUCCUGCAACGCUCGGAGCAGCGGGGAUGGCGGAGAGCAGGUCCGAUGUGAGCGAGCAUGGCUGUCAGACCUGUGCAGUCCGCUGCGGGGGGCACGCAAAGCAAGGUCAGGACGCCGGAGCCUCCAAGUGGGUCAGGCUGAACGUCGGCGGCACGCAUUUCCUGACCACGAGGCAAACCCUGUGCAGAGACCCGAAGUCUUUUUUAUACCGACUGUGCCAGGCCGAACCCGACCUUGACUCCGAUAAGGACGAAACUGGCGCCUAUCUCAUAGACCGAGACCCUGCCUACUUCGGUCCACUUCUGAACUACUUGAGACACGGCAAGCUCGUGCUCAACAAGGACGUCGCAGAGGAAGGUGUGCUGGAGGAGGCUGAAUUCUACAAUAUCACUGCAUUAAUAAAGCUCAUCAAAAACAGGAUCAGGGAGAGGGACACCCAGACCUUGCAGGUGUCCAUGAAGCAUGUGUAUAGGGUUCUUCAGUGCCAAGAAGAGGAACUAACCCAGAUGGUCUCCACUAUGUCUGAUGGUUGGAAGUUUGAGCAGCUUGUCAGUUUAGGCUCCUCAUAUGGCUACGGACGGGAUCACCAGUCUGAGUUUCUGCUGAUUGUAUCUAGAGAGGUGAAGGCUGCGGAGGCCGGCUUUCCGGUGGCAAAUAUUGGUUCUUCUUAUAACUAUGGAAAUGCAGAGCAGUCUGAGUUCUUGUGUGUCGUCUCCAAGGAGCUGAAUAACCAGUCAUCUGUGACAAACAGUGAGCCAACUGGAAAGGCCAAGAUUCUACAAGAACGUGGAUCGCGAAUGUGAAGAGGCAGUACGCACGACCUCAGAAUGUUCUGUUCAUAAAAACACCAGCUUUAUUGCCUUUGACAGUGAGCACUCAGUAAGAAGAAGCCCGUGACCUUCCUCCACAUUGUGGGAGGAAUACAAAAACAUAUUUAGUGACUUAAUAUUUGUUCUUACAUAGGUCUAUUCUUUUCUAUUUCAAAACUGGAAAUAUGUAUGUCCUUCGCAGUCAUUAAUGCACCCAGGGCGUCAAGUAAUUGUAUUUAAUUCAUAAUUAUAAGGUCAUCAAAAUAUAUAUUGUAAUCAUUUUAGGCAAAACAUAUCUCUGAGAAGUAAUUUAUGCAAUUAAUUUGGAUUUAUGCAAUUUAUUAGGAGUAGAGCGAGCUAUGGAAAAGGUUUUGGGUGUUGACACAUUUUUUAAAUGUGCAUCCUUCUGCCUCAUCCAUUGUAAGCUGGAAACCUCGACAUACAGAGGGUGAAAAGUGCCGAUCCUGUCAUGUCAACCACACCUCUUGCGAUGGGGCUUGUCGAAAGGGCUGAGACACAGAGCCUGGGGAGAGAGGACGCCGGAUCAUUUUACACAUUCUGCUGCCUGUAGUUUACUUGAAAUUGGACAAAAAAAGGAACAAAAAAGGUCUAAAUAUUUACAGUGGAAUUGGAACAUUUUGCAUGGCGUUAAAUCCCACACUGGCACCUUAAGCAUGGGUUCGAAUGCAUUGCAGCAUUCCCCUAAUUCAGACUUCCCACCUCUCCAGGAAGGGACCCCCCAGCUCGCUCCUCCCAGGGGGCAGAUUUUACCCCCACAACCCACUCCUGCUCUCUUAGAAUUUUGAUGUUUUGAUGGUUUGAUGUUCCGGUAAAACUUGCGAGGGGUGGGGGGGGGGGGUUAUAAGAAGGGGUAUUUCCAAGCGAAAAACACCAGGGUGUAGAGUGUCACGUUAAGGGCACCCCAGCUCAGGCAAGCUUCCCUGCACCCCGGCUGUCCCUCAUUCGAUUCCCUGACAUGAGUUUGCCUAAGGUGGGAUGUCUAUAUAUCAUUUUGGUGGUACAUCACUGAUUUACAGACUUAAAAGCACACCAGGCAUCUGAUGUGCUACAAUAUUGUUUAUAUAUUCAGUGCUGUGCAAAAGUCUUAAGGCAAUCAAACAAAAGUCUUUAAGCUCUUUAUCUGGACAGUGAGUGUGUGCAGUGGACCUUUCUGUACCGUGAUGUUUUUUAUUUCCAUUCACAUAAAAAUUACAUGGGAAUUUUUUGGCAGUUUUGCGAAAGCUGUAGAUGACACACAAAAAGUUUAGUAACUCAUAAAUGCAUGAAAUACACGUAACAGUGCUGGGUUGGAGGAUGCCAGGUGUGUUUGCGGCAGCUUCUCACGUCUCGCAGUGAUCUCGCAGUGAUCUCACAGUGGUUUCUCUGUCUCGUAUCUUUUUGUGCCACUUGCCAAGGGGGCAAAAAAUUUUAUGUGGUUUUUCCAGAUGGUGGGGGGUAUCUGUAAGCCCUGUCAUGUGGAACAGUUAACUGUAUUCACUCAGAAAAUGUUAAAUCUUAGACUAAUUACUAAUAAACAACAAUAAUACACUUUUUUUUAUUAUUAUUUUCUGUUCCCAGCUGGAAAAUUACUGAUAUCUUGCUGGGUGGCUAGAAGAACACAGCUUCAGUUCCCAAACCUCUCCUCAGUGGCACCUCAGCCGUUCCAUGUACUUGUUAAAUUUUAUCAAUAGCUCACCUAACUAACUUACAUAAUUCAAUGAGGCAUUGAUUAGCCAAACAUGGUAUGUUAGCGGCUGAGGCAACAAACACAUGAGGUAUAUUUAAUGAUUUUCGCUCGGGAUUGAAAUGGCUAAGCUAACAUUUACACAUAGAAUCAUAGUUUUACAAAAACAUAAACUGAGCAUAAGCUAAUAACUUUCUGUGGCAGACUAAAUCUUUUGCACAGUACUAUAUAUCAUCAAAUUAUAUGUGUGUGUCGGUUGUAUAAAAAGUUAACUGGGAAAUUAACUGUUUGACUUAAUGCUGUGCUGACUUACUGACUUCUUCGAAAACAGAAAAAAAAUGUUUUUGUUUUGUGUUAUUGAACACAGAAAUAUGUGUACUAUAUUUCCAUUUAGGGGCGGCAUGGUGGUGCAGUGGUUAGCACAGCUGCCUCACACCUCAGGGACCCGGGUUCGAGUCUCCACCUGGGUUACAUGUGUGUGGAGUUUGCAUGUUCUCCCCAUGUCGUCGUGGGGUUUCUUUCGUGUACUCCAGUUUUCCCCCCACAGUCCAAAGACACGUUGAGGCUAAUUGGAGUUGCUAAAUUGCCCGUAGGUGUGCAUGUGUGAGUGAAUGGUGUGUGAGUGUGCCCUGUGAUGGGCCCCCAUCCUGGGUUGUUCCCUGCCUCGUGCCCAUUGCUUCCGGGAUAGGCUCCGGACCCCCCGCGACCCGGAAGGAUAAGCGGUUUGGAUGAAUGGAUGGAUAUUUCCAUUUAAGACACUGAAGUAAAGACACUGCGUAUAUAGAUGGAGGUGCUAAGAUGUUGCUGUGCAUUUAGCUUCAUUAAAACAGUGGUUAUUGAACCCUGGCACAGUCCAUACAGAGGACUUAAUAUACUGAGUUAACAUACACUCUACAUGUUUCGUAUCUCAGUCCAUGCAUGAAGAAGCUGUUGUAGUCUAAUAUGCUUAACUGACCAUUUGUAAUGACAUUUAAUUUUUGUUUUCAUUGCUUUUAAUAGCAACAACCUGAAUUUCCAUGAUCAGGGAUGUUAGAUGAUAGAGAGGUAAGCACGCACACAUCUCCCGUGCGUUUUCAUGCAAAGCAUGGAGUCAGGGCUCUGCGUUGUGGACAUUCAGUCUGUGUGGGGGUUGUUUCUCAGUGCGGUAGCUUUUAGCUGUCAUUGCUUACAUUGGCCACACUGUUUUAGUGCCUCCCGGUAAUGUUCUCGCCUUCAGUUACCAUCUUUUGAGUUUCUCCUAUAUGUAUGUUUACAGAUCUCUUUUAUAUGCAUCAUUUUCUAGCUUUUAACACAGCUGAAGGUGGUUGGGCUUGGACCUGUACCCUUUCUGCUGGGACCUAUUUAUAGCCAUUCUGAGGUGUUGAUCUGUUCCAAACCUGAAGUCCCAGCUCUCUCGUGAUACAUAGUAGAGACACACCUUCACCCCCCCCUCCCCCCCCCCCCAGUUCUUAGUGACCUUGUGUUGAUGAGGGUCACGUAUUCCUGCCGCCAGCGGCUGAAGGGUUUGUGACUCUGCGCUGCAGUACAUUGCUCUCUUUUCCGGUCCUUUCUGUACACCUCAAUUCCCUUUGUUCCAAAUCAGCCUCUAAUGUAGCAACUAAUCUUGGCAAAUUCCAGAAGUUUCCUUGCUGACACUAAAGCUGCUAAGAUGUGUCACCCCCCCCCCCCCCCCGCCAGGUGUGCCCACCAAUUUGCUCCAUCACAGACCAAUAAUAAGAGCUUAAAUGUUUUUUUGCACACUAUUGUCACUACUGUCAAUAUAUUAUCUAACAUAUAUUACAUUGUUUUACUUUUUAUGCUGUUCACAUGGUCAUAGAUAAAAUGACUGUGGAAACAUGCAUUUGAUUGUUAUGGUAGGAAGAGCAAUCUAAGCUUAAUAAAUAAAUUAUCUCAAAGUUUACAUGCAAA